AUGGCAAGCUUCAAGCCUCCCGAGCUGUUCCCUGACGAAAAGCUAGUUCGAUACGACGUUCCGAUGAACCAGCAUCACGAUCAACCUGCGGUGACAGUCCGCGUUGACAAUGCCUCUGGCGCGUCCGGAUCGCAAUCAGUUGGUACAAGUGUCCAUCCAACCAGAGUCGAUGUCCUCAAAGCGUCUCAAGAGGGUAGCGCCAAACGCACCGCGCCCGAUGCAACUACGACUAUCGACGCGAACGGCCAACCUCGUCCUCUCUCCCCAGACCCUAGCGUCAAGCAGGCGCAUGCGCGUUUCGCACCUACCACGUCGCAGGACGUUCAUCCUAAGCAAGAAAGCAAUGAUCUCGCCGAGUCCAUCCCGGGCUUGUACCGCAUUCUCGACCUCAUCAACGAGCAGGGGAGCGGCGGUCUAGUUGACAAGAUCAUCAUCGCCCAGGAUUCGCUGGCGCGCUUCAUCAACGAAGUCUGCCCCGGCGCCUAUCAGUCGCUCACGAAAGUCGACUUCAAGGCGCUCGAUAAGCUGACCGUCAAGCCCAUCGGCAUCUACGGGAGCAAGUCCGAGAUCGUGAAGCUCCUGGAGACGACCAAGGUCGUUAACCGCAAGCUAUCUAGCGCGCUCCUGCGCGCUAAAGACGACUCUCCGGGGCGCAAGCUUCGCUCGGGUCUGUACUUCGUGCGCAUGACUCUCCCUACCGCGUCCGAGGAGCAACUGUUCGUUAUAUACUGGCCAGAGGAUGCAACGUGGAACGACAAUGCUCCCUCCGCGGUGUGCAAGAAUCGUGUCACCUUCAUCCGCUUCCUUACGAAGAUUGCGGAUCAGACGAUGUGCUUGAUCUCCCCGGAGCACGCUCAGCAGAUGGUAUGGAAGGAGGCGGCUGUCGAGGACGAAGACGUAGACCUCGACGAGGACGCGGAUCGGUUCUUCACCUUCGAGGUCGCGAAGACGAACGAGCAGGAGGAGGACGUCGCGGUCCGUCCCGGCAUUCGUUUCCACUCGCCCUCGCUGGGUGUCUCAGACAGCGCUGCGGAGAGCAACAUCGAUGGGGAUAUACUCGCGCCGCAUCUGAUCGCGGGAGAGACUACGCAAGCCUUCGUGACGGCGCGCUACUUUGCGCAGCAGUCAGAGACCACUCCGAUCCGCUACAAGCAGUACAAUAAAGCACAGAUCGAGUACUACUUCAAACAAGGCGCUGCCGUCUACCUUGGAGACGAGCUUGACUCCAAACAGAUCGAAUGUCUCAUGAACUGCGGCCUCCGCGAGGCGUUCCCAAGCCCGUGCAGUCGUUAUCAGCAGAACGUCCGAAAUUCCAAUACGGACAUCGACGCUGACUUGCGCGACAAGCGCGACGAGGUCAAGGACAAAGUCAACGGCAGCAAGAGCGCCUUCAAGAAGGCAGUUCGUGUCGCCAUUGUCGAGCAUGUUGCCUCGCUUUAUCCGUUAUUGAGGGAACGCUUGUGGUCGAUCGUCGAGACCGAUGGAGAGGAGGAAAAGGACAAGGGGAAAGGAAAAGGGAAGGAAAGAGGCGGUGUCGACGACAUUGCAGACGGGCAGUCAGCGCCCAAUAACGUGGAAGAGACGAAGACGGUUCGCAGCGACGCGAAGGACGGGGUGGAUCUCAGCAAGAAGGAGUCCGCAGCUUCGGAAGAUGCUAUAGGUUCAUUCCAGCAUCUCAUACAGCUCGUCCCCGCCAUGGAGCGUGCUUUUGUAGAACAGAUGAAGCAUGACGAGCUCGAGAAGAUCUCCAAGCAUUCGACCGCCUAUCGCACCCUCAAAGAUCGCCUCAUCAUCGCUCAAGUUGUCAUGGACACUUCCAACUAUGCGAAGCUGGACGUAGGGAAGCGCGAGGAUCUGCUUGCAUCCAUCAUCGCAGGAGGUGACUUGAAGGGCAAUCUUUAUUCUGACGCGGCGAAGUCAAGCAGAACCAGCUGGAUCAAAGACACAUUCAGCAAAUUCUGGGGGAAGGAUACCUCCGUCGAAGACUCUAUCAAGGAUCGCGCACUGCGUGUGGCGCGCAAAACCGAUGACCCUGAAUUUCUGACCAGCCUCGACGACCUACUCGUUCGCGACGCCGGAUUCAAGACGCCCAUCGCGCAGACCAUCGAUGUCGCAUACCAGUGCCUACAUGAUAUCAUUGAGAAGUCUGAGCGCACCUUGACACCAAAGCUACUGAGCAUUCAGCAGACGGUGUUGUCGGACCAGAUGGCGCAAGCCGCUACUAUCGAGAAGGACCGACAAGCCAAGACGCACCGUCAAGCGCUCAUCCGCGAGGUCAAUAAUGCAGCGCGACCUGAGGCUACCGAAGUAUUCCACCUCGACAGUAUCGAGGCUCUCACGUCCUACUCCUCGUACUCUCGUCCUACGUACACCAUCUGUGGUCAUCAGCAGCGUCGUCUCGCUCCCGCUAUCGAAUACACUGUCCAUCCUCUCGGCGUUCCUUCGGGUGACAAGCAGGAAUUGCAGAUGAAUCGGAUGCAUAUACCGGCGUUGCGGGAAGAAGCACGCUUUGCUCAGAGCUUUCGAUUGCCUGUGCACUAUCGCGUGCGCCAUCUCCAACUGCUGGCGAAUGGGAAAUGUCUCCUGAUCGUCGAUAACGGGCACAACUUCCAUGUCUACCUCGAGGACCUGCCCGCGCUCGCUGGCGCUACCGACAAUGGUCGUAUCAAGAAGACACUCCAUCAAGACAAGAUAGGAUCGGACAUCGUGUUCGCCGUCGACGAGCAAACGCGGCUUUUGGCGCUAUGCUCCACACACAAGUUGAUGUUGUAUGUGUACUCUUUCGACGAGGCUUUCGCAACCGUCAGAUCGACGCAUAUCAUCGACCUCAACCAAUGGUACCCCGACGGUUCUUCCAUGCACCAGAUGUGUAUCGUCAGCGGCAGUGAAGAGGUUCUCUUGAUCGACAACGUGGCGCAGGUGCGCGUCUUUUCCCUCAUCACGCAGCAGUUCAGACCUGCGACGCUAUCCUUGCCGAGACUUCCCGUUACCUGCUUGACCUCACCCGAUGGCGGAUGUCUGAUCCUCAUGUUCAAGGACACGGACGACUCGCCGCCUGCGACGCGUGCCUAUCACUGGAGUACGUUUGGGUCUGGCGAGGGCAUCGCUCUUGACUUGCCUUCGGCAAAGGAGUCCGCUAUAUCAACAUCCAUCGUGAAUCGCAGUAACGUGCACCUCGCCUGGAUUGAGGCUGGCGACAAGACCAUCUGCUCCUACGCCCUCGACAUCACCAAGAAGGUCACCGAGUUCAGCUUCCAGGAGAAAGGGUUCAAGUCGUCGUCGCGGUCUAACACACAGACCUUGCAUAAUAGCCUCAUCGAAUGCCAUGCCGAUGUCUGGACGCGCUUUCCAGUCAUACCCGCCAUCCCUCGCCAGACCGUCGUCACAGACGUCAGUCGACCCGAUAGGAGCCUCGUCUUCGUCUCCGAGCACCACCAAGAUCGAUUUGCUUCGCACUUUGUCGAGAUGAUCCAGUCAUUCGAGCAGCGUACUCGCAAGCCUUCUGGAAAGGUCCUCCGUGAUAUCCGGGUGGAUGCUGUCGCGUUUCAGGAUGUCCGUGACGGUGUCAUGCCAGGCGUUGAGUGGGACUCGGAAAUCUCCCGGUUCCGCCUCGGUGAAUGGCUCGUGGAUGUCUUCUGCCUGAUCCCGAUACACAUCGCCGUUACCCGCGACAACCGCUUCGUUCCGUUGAAGGAUGGUGUCUACUCCACGGAGUUGGAAAGGGCACUUCUUGGGGCCGACGUGGGUCAGAUCGUGGAUGCGCUGUCUUUGGGCUGGUACGAGUCGAUCUUCCAGUCAUACCAAUCGACGAAGCCCGUCAAGGUGGUGUCAUCGAUGGGUGAACAAUCCGUGGGCAAGAGCUUCGCGUUGAACCAUCUGGCCGAUACAUCUUUCGCUGGCAGCGCGAUGAGGACCACCGAGGGCGUUUGGUUGGCGGUCACACCAACAGAUACAUGUCUCGUUGUCGCUUUGGACUUCGAAGGUGUUCACAGUAUCGAACGGUCGGCUCAAGAAGACAUGCUGCUGGUCCUUUUCAACGCGGCCAUCUCCAACCUGGUUCUCUUCCGCAAUAACUUCGCCCUGUCGCGGGACAUUACGGACCUGUUCCAAUCUUUUCAGUCUUCGUCAUCCAUCCUGGACCCUGCGGCCAAUCCGAGCCUGUUCCAAUCGACGCUUGUGAUCAUCAUCAAGGACGUAGUAGAGUCAGAUAAGAAGGAGAUCGUCAAAGAGUUUCGGCUUAAAUUGCAGCAAAUCGUUCACGAAGAGCAGGAUGCGAACUUCAUCUCGAAGCUUCAUGCAGGCAGACUCAACAUCAUUCCAUGGCCGGUCAUCGAAUCCAAGCAGUUUUACGCGUAUUUUGUCACGCUCAAGAAUGCACUCGACAAGCAAGUGUUGACGCAUCCAUCUGCUGGCAAUUUCCUACAGACCCUCAAGACCUUGAUGGCGAAGCUCAAGAGCAACGACUGGGGCUCGAUAGAUCAAACUCUCGCUGCCCAUCGCGCCGGUCGUCUGCUCGAGGUGCUCCCCAUUGCCUUCGCUCGCGGUUUUGCCGACGCAUAUGACGACGAGCCGUUGAAGAACAUGGACACCAACGAAGAAAUCGCGAUGUCCGACACCGACGCCGUGCUUCACGUUGCCGUUCUUGCUGGCGAAAGCGUCAACGCAGACAGCGCUUUGGAAAACCUGAAAAAGGGAUGGUCUCAGAUUUCCUCGCGCUCAGCGGUGGCCGAGGAUCUUUGGGUCGCGCGACUCUCGUCUUAUCUCGAUGGGAUAGUUGACCAGCGCGUCGAGCACGUCCAUGCGUGGCUGGAAACGAAUCUCGAGCGCUUCAAGGCUGAGCACGCGAGCAUCGAUAAUCUCCGACGCACGUUUGCCACCAUCGGUGCCCAGAUGAAGGCCGACGUGGAAUUGUGCAAAGUCAAGUGUUCGACGUGCAACUUGCUCUGCCUUCGGAGUCGUCGCCACAGCUCCAGCGAGCCCCACGACUGCGGGACCAACCACGUAUGCCCGCAGCACUGCGAUUACAGUGAUGAGCACCUCGAUGAAGAAGCCAUCUGCGGACUACCCGCGGGGCAUGCAGGGAAGCACAUUUGCGUCGUUGAACGGCAUCUCUGCGGUGAGCCAUGCAACUUGCGCAACAAGAAAGGCUGCCUCGGCGAUUGUAUCAAGCCUACUGGCCAUACUGAGGACGAGCAUAUGUGUGCGGCUCAGAUUCAUGCCUGUGGCGAGCCAUGCGACCUUAUCGAUGUCGCUCUGAAGGACGGUUCGAUGUACUCUUGCGGGGGUACUUGCCGAAUUCCUAGUCACGAAAUCCACGAUGAACACGUCUGCGACGUUCGCAUGUGCCCACUGGAGUGUGCGCUUUGUCAUAGACUUUGUUCUGACCAGGACCAUCUACACGCUUUGGACCACGAUGCGCAGCAUCUCUGCGGACAACCUCAUCCCUGUCCCGAACGAUGCACCACCAGCGGUAUAUGCGAGAUCGAUACGACUCCAUUGUCUGUCGAGGCGACCUUCACAGGCCGGCACGAGACUUUCCAGUACACCAAGUAUACACAGGUCGCGAAGCGUCUUCAGUGCGCUGUGACUAUCCCAGCUAACAAGAAAGCGCACGAUGGGCCUCAUACACAUACAACGGCCGCGAACGCAUUCCACUACUGCGAGGCUAGAUGCGAGAACUGCGGGUACUACUGCACGAUGCCUCGAGGUCACUCGCAACAAGAGCACGAGACGAGCCACGGCUCCAUGUCCAAGACGCGAUGGGCCCUUGACGAUCAAGACGGCACCAUUGAGCUCAACGGUCGCAAGUUUGGCGCUGACGAUGAUGGGGCGCCGAUGCUCUGCAACCUGGUGUGCAAAGACAUGGGUCGGCAUGUGCACGUAGACAAUUGUCGCGCUCCAUCCGGGUCGGCGUGCCAGGGUGAAGGCAUUUUGCAUAUCCGCGAGCGCAUGAGGCCAGAUCCGGACACGCCUAAGGAUUGGAUCUCUCACGGCCUCUUCUGGAAGCGCACCGGCUUCAAAGACCCAUACUCAAAGGAGGACCAAACGAGCUUUGCCAAAUGCGACGCGAUGUGUUCCGGGCCUGAACAUGCAGCCACUACGACGGCGCCUGCCCAGCCCUCAUACUGUACUUUGCCGAUCUUCCAUCCUCCUCAACAUACCCAAGGUCAAGGUCUAGGAUAUGUGUCCAACGACGGUCAUCACUUCUCGUGCAAGAAUCCCGCGGUGCUGCAACAGGCAUUCCACGUCAUCUUCGUCGUGGAUCGAUCAGGGUCUAUGACAGGUACCGAUAGACGUCCACUACCUAAUGCUCCGGGGACGAACUUGAUCCAACAACGGUGCAACAACCGCCUGGGAGCCGUGUACUCAGCUUUGCACAGCUUCUGGAUGGCUCGACAUGCAGCGGUCACCGCGACAGGGGCGCAGGCGGCGCGACGGGAUGCCUAUAGCGUUCUUUUGUUCAACUCGACGGUCUCAACGGUCAUCGCGAACGACUUCGCCCGCAAUCCAGACCAGCUUCUACAGGGCAUCGUGGGUCAGACCGCUGGUGGCGGCACCAACUACACCGCUGCGCUGUCGGCUACAGAGACGCUCUUACGCCAGCAUUGGAGCACCGAGAGAACGCCCGUCGUUAUUUUCUUGUCGGACGGUGAAUGCAGCGUCGGCGACCAUAGCGUGCACGCGCUGUGCCAGGCGGCCGUUCAGCUCGGCAAACACCUCUCCUUCCACGCUGUCUCGUUCGGUCCUCGCAAUGAAGUCCUGCGCCGGAUGGCCCAGAUUGCACGCGAUGUGCAAGCCCGUGCUCCGAGGGACCCUGCCCUGCCGACGACUGCCUACGUCGAGUCCUCCUACGCCGAAGCGCUGGAUUCCGUCCGACUGGCUGAGACGUUCUUGGGUUUGGCUGAUUCGCUGCGCAAGCCGAGGGGUGCCCUGCUUCGUUGAGCUUCUGAUCGCUAGUCGAACGGCGUCCGAGAUGCACUGUUGUUUUUUCCAACUCCUUACGACCCCCUUGAACUUUCAAUGUACCGCGCUUAUCAUGACCAACGUAUCCUCUGAUUUCUUUCGAUCCUCAUCUUGUACCACCUGAGUAGUUGUCGAUCCACGAAGUAUUGUUUCCCAGCA